UAGCGCGGCCCAUAAAAAAAAAAAAAAAAAAAAAAAAAGAGGCGCAGAAACCCAAAGCCCCAGACGCGAGAGCAAGAGGAGGUUGGGUAACCUCCUCUCAGGGGAUCGGUGCGCGGCUAUGGCGGCCAUGGCAUCAGCUAUGGGGUCAGCUGCGGGGUCAGCUACGGUGGCAGCUAUGGGAUCGUCAUGUGCCAUCUCGCUGCCGAAGGGAAGCCAUGCGAGAUUUUCUUCAUCCAGCGCAGCAGCUGGGCGGCACCAGCCAGAACAGCGUCCCUUGUUGUCGUGCCGCCACGUGGCAUUAGCUGAACGCGGAAGAGGACUAGAUUCCGUGUGCCAGAACCGACAAGCGGUGAACCGCCACUCCACUGCCACCUGGUAUACACAUCGACACGUGGAGGUCGGGAUCAGGCACGUGGGGAGGAAGGACACGCAGGUAGACCGCGGGAGUAACUUGAAGCACCGCCACGUGGCCGACUGCAGCGCGCUCUCAGCAUCAAUUCUGCCACGUGUCAUUACCUCAACGAUAAAGCAGGACGACUGGCUGUCGUCGGUGCUCGCAGGUCGUCAGUCGGGAUGGCUGGGACGUGCGAGCACGUGGCAGACCCACGUCUCCCGAUCUCGACGCACCCUGAAAACCCCUUAUUCUUCUCCCGUGCGAGCGAAAACGAAGGUGAAAUCGACAGAGGACCACAAACUCACCAACUCCGCAGGAUCGCGAGCCGAAGAGGAUACUCUUAAAAAUGAUGACGGCCCAAUGGCAGAGGCUGGGAGCCAAGACACUUUUGGGACGUCAUCGGUUAAUGAACCAAGUCUGGCGCAAGAGUCACAGGAAAUCAAGCUUGCGGCAAUCGACCAGAAAACGCCGAACCUUGUGAAAGGAUCUGCUAUUGCAGCGGUUGCUCUCGCUGCGGUCACAGCACUUGCCAACCUCGAUGUGGUUGCCCAGCAUCAGGACUUAGCUAUGGCAGUGGUAUUUGCCUUAGGCUACGCGGGAAUAGUCUUUGAGGAGUCACUUUCAUUGAACAAGAGUGCUGUGGCCUUGGUAAUGGCAGUCACCCUCUGGACAAUCCGAAGCAUUGCGGCGCCGUCUUCUGACAUAGCAGUGGUGGAGCUGAGCGAGCAAGCAUCAUCCGUCAGUGAAAUCAUCUUCUUUCUGCUUGGAGCAAUGACGAUCGUUGAGGUUGUGGAUGCGCACCAAGGAUUCAGCAUUGUAACGGAUGCAAUCUCGACGCGAAACACCCGAACUCUUCUGUGGGUGAUAGGGUUCCUUUCAUUUUUCCUAAGCUCCAUCUUGGAAAAUUUGACGACGACUAUUGUCAUGGUGUCCCUGCUGAGGAAACUCAUCACCAACCCCGAACAACGAAAGUACUGCGGAGCGGCUGUCGUCAUCGCAGCGAAUGCCGGCGGCGCAUGGACCCCAAUCGGUGACGUGACAACCACUAUGUUAUGGAUCCACGGUCAGGUCACCACCGUAAAGAUCAUGCAGGUGACAGCAGCAAUGGCACCCGCUCUGCCGAAGCAGCUCAUUGACGACUUGAAGAGAGCGAGAGAGAUGACACGGAAGGAGGGCUGAGCACCAUUUUUUGUUUUUUGAAAUUUCUAAUAAUGUUUAAAUUGUU